AUGAUGGAGAAGAACAUCUGCUAUCGGCAACGAAGGAGAAAAGAAGUCGUCUACGACGAUUGCGUACUCGAGGACUCCUCGUCCCAAGGUGACUGGUACAUCGAAGAGGACCCUAAUGUGGACUACGAGAUGCUGCUUAGAGGAUUACGAGCCUGGGCAGAGCGUGCCUCGAAGCCGCCGCACGACAAACUUGGAUCGAAUUUCGAAGACCACCAAGGAAUUGUUGGAGAGAAGAAGGGCUUUGAGGAUUAUCUUUUGAAAUACAGGCAGAGGAAGAUUCUGGAAGCAGCACAAAGAAGAACGAGACUAAAGAAGUUCCGCGGGGAUCUCCGCAAAUAUAUUAUUCCGCUAGCAGCAUUGCUGAACGAGGACGGGACUCGCACGUCUUUUCGUCACGCUGUAUACCGUUUUGUUUCGCAUUUCGUUGUGGCUAUUAGUGCUGAAGUGAUCUUGAACGAGAGUCAGUAUUUCGUCACUAACAAAGCUAAGAAGAUAACAUGUCCAGGGUGCUACGUUACGGUUACGUUGUGGCGAUAUGAGCAGCAAAUGUUACGUUGUGGCGAUAUGAGCCCCGGAGAUAAGAAAGGUCGCAGCCGCUCUUCUGAGGUCGACGAUCACCUGCUGAAAGCAAUCAUCAAAGAAGAUUCGCUUAAAACAACAUGA